AUCACAUCCCACCGCAUCUCUCUUGGCGAGACGUUGCUGACCCCGCGUGGCACUUCUUUUAAAAUCGCCCGAUGAUCAGUCGCGACAUGCAAUUUACUCUUCUAUAAGUUCCAACCUGGCCCAAAGGGCGUCACGAGUCGCCCGGACGUCAUUCACUUUGCGAGACACGAUCUUGUACAAAAUCGCAGGAAAGCAAAGUGAGGGACUUUGUGAAGGAAUUAUUAGUGGGACAUUACCCAUAGCCACUUUGGCAUUCAUUACUCUCCGGGGGCGGCUCUCUGGUUAUUAACACAAUUUUACAUACACGCAUCAUACAAGGAAUCUUGUCGCUGUUUCCUCGGCUUCUCGUCUUGCAGACGUCGCGGAAAGGUUAUCAAAGAGCGCGAGGUCUCAUAUACUGCCUACCGAAUGCCUUCUUGGUCCUGAGCGAACUUCUCCCUAGUUAUCUCCCGCCUGUGUCCUCGAUCCUCUGCCAUUAUCACGAUUGACACCGCGUCCUGGUGUUAAACCACCAAACUUUUUGGUACCCUCAGGCCUAUACAUUCACACCUCAAUAUGUCGCCGUCGACGUCUCAUAUAUCGGGCCAGCUGAGGCAGUUAAUAUACUACCAUCUCGAUAAUAAUCUGAUUCGAAAUGCACUGUUCCUUGCUGGCCGUUUGCAUGCCUAUGAACCUCGAGCUGCGGAAGCUUCCUAUCUACUCGCCCUCUGUCAUAUCCUCAACGGCCAGAUUAAGGCAGCCUAUGAUUACAGUAAAAAUUUUGGGUCGAGGGGUACUCAUGUUGGCUGCUCUUACGUUUAUGCUCAGACAUGCCUGGACUUGGGAAAGUAUCUUGACGGCAUUACAGCGCUAGAGCGGAGCAAAAGUCUUUGGGCUUCGAAAAACCAUUGGAACAAACACAGCGAAACGCGCAGGCAGCAUCUACCAGACGCAGCAGCAGUACUUUGCUUACAAGGUAAACUGUGGCACGCACAUAAAGAUCUCAAUAAAGCCGUGGAAUACUACGUUGAAGCUCUGAAGCUGAAUCCUUUUAUGUGGGAUGCCUUUCUGGGUCUGUGUGAAACGGGUGUCAAUGUUCGAGUCCCUAAUAUUUACAAAAUGAGCUCCGAAUUGCUCAACGUACUAUCCUCGUCGCAAGAGGAUACCGAUCUUCCCCCUGACAAAGUUGCCUCUGCAGGUGGGCCAUUGCAAGCUACAGCUAAUGUAAACCCAACCUUAGACCCCUUUAUGUCUGCCACGUCCCGUAGUGAUUCGGGUACUACUCAUGGAAGCUCGGCCUUAUGGGAGAAAUUGAACGGGAGCACUGUCAGCGUGGCAUCUACGGGAACAUCGGCAGCAGUAAUUCGAGAAGGGACGGAAACCCCAGGCGGCCAGAGCAGUGAGUCUGAUGAAUUUCGUGUGGCUAAUGGAGUCGGCGACACAACGUGGGAACCUCCCUUGGCUCCAGCAAGAAAAAAUCGAACGAUACAAUCGAUAGGACCCGAUCAUGGAAUGGAUCCUCCACCGAAAAUGAAGCCCACCGGUAUUAGACAAAGGACAAGAAUGAGAGUUGAACAAGAUGAGGAAACCGCGGCCCAGUUAGAGAAGGAAGCUGUAAUGGGAUCCCGAGUGGGCGACCGCAAACGAACAGUUUCCGGCCAAGUGGCUCAUUCAGCAGCACCAACAGAACCAGGAGCCCCGCAACGCCGCAGCGUACGUCUUUUUAACCAGAUAAAACCUACAACCACCAAGCUUUCGGCUACGACAAUAGGCAUGAAAGAUGGCAGGGAACUUAAAAAGGUGAAAGCUACCGGUGCUAAGGGGCGUACUACGGCAUCCACGAACGUAGGACGCGUUGUAAGUGGCAAUAGGAAGCAUGUCGGCGAGAUACACGACAGCGACGGGAAAGAGCACAGGCCCAUAUCAAUCGCCCAUAGUGGAGCUUCUAAUGUUACUUCGAAGACCGCCGCGAUUGAAAAGUCUAAGUCCAUCGAAGCCCUAACAUGGCUAUUGGAGCUUUUCUCUAAACUUGCUUCGGGAUACUUUGCUUUGAGUCGUUAUAGGUGUGCUGAUUCUAUCCAAAUAUUCAAUGCACUUUCUCAGGGCCAGCGAGAGACACCUUGGGUCCUUUCGCAAAUCGGACGGGCGUGCUACGAGCAAGCAAUGUAUUCGGAUGCUGAGAAGUAUUUCGUACGGGUGAGGACUAUGGCUCCAUCCAGGUUAGAUGACAUGGAGAUUUAUUCCACUGUCCUCUGGCAUCUCAAGAAUGAUAUCGAAUUAGCGUAUCUCGCGCAUGAGCUAAUGGAGGUCGAUCGCUUAUCUCCUCAGGCUUGGUGUGCUAUUGGUAAUUCUUUCUCCCACCAGCGCGAUCACGAUCAGGCUCUUAAGUGUUUCAAGCGAGCAACACAAUUGGAUUCUCAUUUUGCCUAUGGAUUUACCCUGCAGGGACACGAAUAUGUGGCAAACGAAGAAUACGAUAAAGCAUUGGACUCCUACCGGCAUGGCAUCAGUGCCGACAGCCGGCACUAUAACGCCUGGUACGGAUUGGGCACCGUAUAUGAUAAGAUGGGCAAACUCGAUUUUGCUGAACAGCAUUUCCGCAACGCUGCAAGUAUUAACCCUACAAAUGCGGUGCUGAUCUGUUGCAUCGGCCUGGUUUUGGAAAAGAUGAAUAAUCCAAAGGCGGCUCUAAUUCAAUAUGGACGAGCUUGUUCACUGGCACCACAUUCCGUCCUUGCUAGGUUCCGCAAAGCUCGUGCAUUGAUGAAACUGCAGGAGCUCAAAUUGGCUCUAUCAGAACUGAAGAUUCUCAAGGACAUGGCCCCAGAUGAAGCCAACGUGCAUUAUCUGCUGGGUAAGCUUUACAAAUCGUUGCAUGACAAGGGCAACGCUAUCAAGCAUUUCACAACGGCGUUGAAUUUGGAUCCCAAGGCUGCACAAUAUAUCAAGGACGCUAUGGAAUCACUAGAUGACGAAGAGGAAGACGAUGAAGAUAUGGCAUGACAUCCAUCCCUCUCCUUUUCCUCUUUCCCCAAGUAUUUUUAAACAUCCGCGUACCUGUCUCUUCCUUUACCUUCCCCUUCCUAUCCGCAUCAGUUUUCAUGAUUUGGUCUUGGUCAUAUUCCUACUUAGGGCAACUAGUUUUAUGAUAGUUGGCGUUUCUUUCUCUUUUUCUCCUUUCUGGGUCAGAUGUGCGGGAGCAUCAGCAUUACAGGGGCGUUAGCAGGCCGGUUGGGUAGAGAGUCCAUUUCCCAGCAUCAGGCUCUCGAAGAGGUGUCGAGGCUCUUUGGUUCUGUAUAUUAGCGUGGGUUGGCUUUCUCGCAUUUAGCUGCGAAUGAGACACAAGGACGCCGGGCGACAGAUUCAUGAACAUAUACUGUCUGUCGUGUGAGGCGCUAUAAGCAAUUCAUUUUUAUGCAUAUUCUUAGA